AUGCGUCCAACCAUCAAACGGGAGCGUGCCCUCACCGCUGCACUACCACCACGUCCAUUAUCACGUCGAUCCACUGUCGCAGCCAGUCGAGACCUUCAAAUCACGGGCGUAACUCGUCGAAACACGAGUUGGCAGUACCACAUCGAAGUGCUGGACGUGCGCGCGUGCAGCUUCCGGAGCGGCACUUCGACCGCUUCUGGGCUGGAUUUAAGGCUGCAAAGUCGCCGAAAUACCGAUCCAGAAACUGCUGGUAGAGAGUCGAGUCAAGGGUACCCAGAGCUGCCGCCGAUGGUGCGAUACACCGUCAUGAGACGAUACACUGACUUUCGUCGGCUGUACAAUUACUUGGUGGAGACCCAUGGCUUGGCACUGCGCGACGCGCUGCCAAAGUUCCCAGACGGAGGAUGGAUCUCCUAUCUGCGUGGAGACGACCCGAGAUUGCUGUACCAUCGACGCAAGAGACUGGAACGUUUCUUACGAGCUGUCGAUGCUCGUCCAGAGCUUCAGUGGAGUGCAGCCUUUCGGGCGUUUCUACGUCCAGACCUUGAUGAUCUCGCUACUAUGGCCACCGGCUCGACACUGCCAGUGCCGGUGCUGUUGACGAGCAAUUUGACGACGAUUGCUGCGUCGAGUGGCUGCAGCAAUAGUGAUAUGGACACACGGCCUCCACCGCCUCCGCCCCUCUCGGCUCCGUUGUCACUGCCAGCUCAAAUUGGACUGGUCGCAAGCUCCAACGUCAGUACUGCACCGCCUGCGAGCGCAUCGGGUGGCUACAUCUCGCUGUCGCAAAUCAGGUCUCCAGAGAUUCGCUUUCGGAAGAAGAUCAUUCCGGGAGGUGCUCAGCCACGUGGCGAUUUGAAGCGGCGGCGAUUGCAUCUCUACAGUCACGACGCAGACGACAUGGACGUCGAUGUGCGUAAAUCUUCGGCCAAGAAACAACUUGCGAUGGCGCUUAGCGGAGCGCUUGGCUUCAAACGCUUCGUUGUAGGGGUCGGCAGUGGUGUCAUUGGGACUUUUGGCCGCAUGGGCAGCGAUCGAUCGGAUUCGGUCGAUACUGCAGAGUACCACGAUGACAGUGACACAGACGAAGAGAGGGGAUUGAGCGGAAGUGUGCGUGACCGAAACGCGGACUUGAUCAAGAUGCUAUCUAGCGGGGGCAGUUAA